AUGGACGACCCCCACCAGACGCUUGAGGACUGCAUGCAGGCCGAGUCGUUCAUGCAUAAGCAUGGCAUGCUCCCCGAGCCUGGCACCGACGCUUACGGCUCGGGCGUGUACGCGUGCAAGUCCUGCCUUUCGACCAAGUCGCGUUGCCUUGUUCCGGCCCUUGCUCAUAUUGGGCAUAAGCGCUUCCGCACGCACGCUUGCCUUCGUUGCGAUGGGUGCGGGUGCAGUCUCGAGGGCCUGGUCAUGAGCGAGACGUCCACUGGUGGACUUUACCUCGAGCAGCCAGAGGACAUGGGAACGACCAUGAAGCAGGUCGGCGGACACGUGUCCGUGCGCACCACUACCACCACGACGUCUGCUUCAGGUCACACCUCCACGUCUGCCUCGGCCCACACUCACGACGGUGAGAAGCUCGGUGGCAGCCUCCGCCGUCCGCGGAAGCUUGUCCGCUCCUGCGGCGCGACUCCAGGCAUCCGCUCCAAGUCGCCGAGCCAGACGUCACGUGCUGGCUCGCCACCUAUUCAGCUGCCUACGCCGCGCAACUCGUCGCCAAGCCACACGGGCUCGAGCGAGGGUGCCGUCUCGGCGCUUGUGAACUCGUCGCCACCCAGCACCAGCACGGCGCUGCAGUUCAAUGGUGACGUCGUCCUGGCCACUGCCCUUGCGCCUGCUCUGAGUGUCGGUGAUGGCCUCGUCACCACGUUCAUGUCCAAGCACGAGACCAAGCACGUGACGAAUACCGACCUCAGUCCGCCACCGGCUCCACCCACAGCUCUGGCCUCGUUCGCCACGAGUAUCCACAUUGCCAAGCGCCGCCGCGUUUCAUCGCUCGCCCUCGGUCCAAACCUGAGCACCGUCUCGCGCGGAUACAACUCGGAGGAGUACACUGAAGCUGUCAACACCGCUCGCGCCGAGAUGCGUUCUGCCGAGGCCGUUCUCGAGGCCUCUGUGGCCCAUCUCGCGAACGCGCAGUACAUCUCGAGAGUGGCGAUCGAGGCUUCGGAUCGCAACGAGGCCGAAGUUGAGCGCAUUGAGGCGGAGCGGCAGGAUGCCAUCGCUCGCACGGCCGCUUGCGACGUUGCCCUCGUGACGCUCCGCGCUGACGGCGCGAUCAAGAAGCUUGCGCGCGAGGAGGCCGCGGCUGUUGUCAUCACGAGCCAGGAGAACGUCACCGUCGUCGAGGCCCAGGUGGAGGAGCGCCGCGAGGCUUACCGCCGCGUUGUGCACGGCUUUAGCUUUAUCGUCGAGUAG